AUGCGAGAUUAUAACGUCCAUCGUAUACUCGUGGACAACAGAAGUUCUGUGAAUCUCUUGAACUUCCAAGCCUUCAAACAGAUGGGGUUGCAUGAGAAGGAUCUGCGACCUAUAACAUUGAGUAUAUACGGUUUUACUGGCGACGUCAUUGCAUCAAAAGGGAUGAUCAAGCUCCCUAUCACCUUGGGAACUGCCCUUGUAGUAGCCAAGUCGAUGGCUGACUUUGCAGUAAUCGACCAAUACUUAGCAUACAAUGCUGUGAUCGGUCGGUCAUUUCUAAAAGGGAUGAAGAUUGUGACGUCAAUCUAUCAUCUCACGAUGAAGUUCCCUACUCCUGCUGGAAUAGGUUCUGUGCGAGGAAUCCAGUCAGAAUCGCAAGAAUGCUACAACACAGCGGUCAAACUCGCAGAAAAGAAGUCAAUCAAUGUCAUCUAUCUGCUAGAGGCACCACCUCCUCGUCAGGAGGUCUUCAGAAUAGAAGAAGUGCCUCAUAAAGACGAACCAGAUUUGGAUCCGAGGAUCCUCGAUUAUGCCGCAAUCGUCCAAGCCGCGAAAGACACCAUUGAGGUACCUAUCGAUCCAGUAGAUAAUAAUAAAAUUUUGAAAAUUGGUGCGACAUAUCAGAGGCUAGUAAAUAUGAUGUUCGCAGAUUUGAUUGGAGACACCAUGGAAGUGUAUGUUGACGAUAUGCUCGUAAAAUCUCAACAUGCAGAAGACCAUGUCAACCAUUUACAAGCAAUGUUUGAAAUACUGCGACGAUAUAAAAUGCGACUAAAUCCUCUUAAGUGUGUCUUUGGAGUCGGUUCAGGGAAAUUCCUCGGGUUUAUGGCUAAUCAGCGAGGAAUAGAGGCAAACCCUGUGAAGAUCAAAGCAUUAGUAGAAACGCGAUCACCGACUAAGCCAAAAGAAGUCCAAAGUCUCACAGGUAAAGUCGUCGCUCUAAAUCAUUUUAUAUCACAAUCCUCUGAUAAAUGCAAUGAGUUUUUUAAGAUUUUAAAAGGCAACAAGAAGUUCCAAUGGACCGAGAAAUGCGAAGAAGCUUUUCAAGCAUUAAAAAUGCAUUUGGGGCAACCCCCAAUCCUGUCAAAACCCAUAUCCGGCGAAGUCUUAUCCGUUUACCUGGCAGUGUCAGAGUACGCGAUUAGCUCGGUGCUAAUCCGCGAAGACCAAGGUCAACAAUACCCAGUGUACUAUGUUAGUAAACGUUUGUUAGAUGCUGAGACUCGCUAUCCUCAAAUGGAAAAACUAGCAUUUGCCUUGGUAAUAUCGUCAAGAAAACUGCGACCUUAUUUUCAGGCCCAUAGCAUUGAAGUUUUAACAAACUACCCUUUGAGGCAAGUCUUAGCAAAGCCAGAGGCAUCGGGAAGAUUGUUGAAAUGGUCAGUAGAGCUAAGCCAGUUCGACAUCAGUACUGAAGUGGCACUCGUAGAAGAAAAAAUUGACACUGCUGUACUAAAUGGAGAAGGAUGGACAUUGUACGUCGAUGGGGCUUCUAAUAGCGAAGGUUCCAGUGGUGGAAUCAUACUUAUCAGUCCUAAAAAUUUUAAGGUACACGCUGCUUUAUGUUUUGAGUUUUCUGCAUCUAACAAUGAAGCCGAGUAUGAGGCUUUGAUCGCAGGAUUAAAGCUCGCCCUCAAAAUUAAGAUAGAAUACUUACAGGCUUUUAGCGACUCCCAAAUCGUCGUAUGCCAGGUAAACAGAGAAUAUCUAGCCAGAGGCGGGCGUCUGGCUAAGUACCUCGCCAUAGUAUGUGAGUUGUUGCAAAAAUUCAAGAAAGUAGUCGUAUCCCGAGUACCGCGUGCUCAUAACUCACACGCAGACACAUUGGCCCGCUUGGCCUCAACUAGAGAAGCUAAAUUGCUCGAUGUGAUUCCUGUUGACGUGUUGGCUCACCCGACGGUGAGUCGGGAAGAAGUGAUGGAAAUAGAUGUUGCCAGAGAAGUUACUUGGAUGACUCUAAUAAUCGCCUACUUGGAAAAGGUAAUCUUGCCCGAUGAAAAAAUAGAAGCGAGAAAACUGCUACAGCAGGCUGCCCAAUAUGUCAUCUAUGAUGGAAGAUUAUAUUGCAAAAGCUUCAGUCAGCCGCUACUUAAAUGCAUUGACGGGGAGGAUUGCGGCUAUAUACUCUGCGAGGUACAUGGGGGUAUCUGCGGGAAUCACACUGGUGGUAAUUCUCUUGCCUUAAAAAUCAUGCGGCAAAGGUAUUACUGGCCUACCCUGCGACAAGACGCUUUUAACUUCGCAAAGAAAUGCAACAAGUGUCAGCGAAUAGCCACGUAUGUCCACCAACCUCCGAGUCACUUGCAUUCUAUCACGAGCCCUUGGCCCUUUAUAGUCUGGGGCAUCGACCUGAUAGGAGAAUUACCAAAAGGAAAGGGCGGAGUCAAAUACGCUGUAGUCGCAGUCGACUACUUUACAAAAUGGGCUGAAGCAAAAGCACUAGCAACCAUCACAGCAGCUAAACUGCGCGAGUUUUUCUAUAACUCCAUAAUCUGUUAA